GUUGUUGACCUCUGCUGCCGAUGAUGCUAAAUCUUUAAUUGAUGCAAGUGAUAGACUUGUAUUAUAUAUUGAAAUUGCUCGUUUGUAUGGUAAUCUUGGGUACCAGAGAAAAGCUGCCUUCUUUUCUAGGAAAGUUGCUCAGUUAUAUCUUCAGCAAGAAAAUUGAUUGGCUGCAAUUAGUGCUAUGCAAGUUUUGGCAAUGACAAUAAAAGCGUAUCAUGUUCAAAGUAGAUCCUCAAUACCAGAUCAUUCUCAGAAAAAAUUGCCUUAAUACGAAGAAAUUUUCUGUCUUGAAGUUUCAAACACAGCCUAAAGAGAAUGCAAUGAAAAACAGCUCUCUUCAGAUUGCUGUUCAUGAACAAGAGAAGGCUAAUGGCUGCAAAUCAGGAGUUAGUGGGCGACGAAAUCCUCAUAGACAAAGACCAAGAGGAGCUAGUAGAGCUGAAAAGGGUUCAAGAAAAAUGAUGAGAACUCCUAUUAAUGGAAGAGCAAGGCCAGCUUUUGCAGUUGUAAAUGGUGGAAAUGAUCAACAACAUGGCCCUAUCCACCUAGCAAUGCUGGGUCGGAUUAUGGUGUUAUAGAAUUCACCAGACAGGAUAUUGAAGCCUUCCUAAAUGAAAAGUCCAAAAGGAGAGACAGAUUCAAU